UGUCUCUGUGCUGUAGUGUCCAGUCAGUCAGCUGUAGCUCUUCCUCUUACGGACUCCCUCCCUCCUCUCCAGCUCCUCUUCCUGCGCUACCUGUCCCGCCUGUGGCCGGCCUACGGCGCCGGCGUCAGCUACUCCGUGACCUGGUUCUGCUCCUGGUCGCCCUGCUUCCACUGCGCGCUGCGCCUUUCGCAGUUCCUGGGUCGCCACCCCAACCUGCGCCUGCGCAUCUUCGUCGCGCGCCUCUACUUCUGCGAGGAGAACAACGUGGAGCCCGAGGGCCUGAGGACGCUGAAGAGGGCCGGCGUGCACAUCUCUGUCAUGACCUUCAAAGACUAUUUCUACUGCUGGCACAACUUCGUCGCCAGUCGGGAGCGAGUCUUCAAGCCCUGGGAGGGGCUGCACCAGAACUCCGUCCGGCUGUCCAGAAGACUGAACCGCAUCCUGCAGCCCUGCGAUGACAUUGAUGAUUUCAGCGACGCCUUCGCCCUGCUGGGCCUAUGACCAGCCCCUCCCUCUCCACGCCCCGGUGGUCCCGUCCGCUACCUCUCUCUCCGUCGCUCUCCCGACAUUCCGUUACUCCGAAGGCGAGAGGGUGUCGCAGCGUCACUCCGACUCGGCCUCCCUCAGUGUUCAGACGUCGACUGGCCCCACGCGUAGAUGUCAACACACAACUACAGUACGGGUUCAUCUUCCACAUCUCUGCUCUGUCCCCCCUCUCCUCUCUCUCUGCCCUGCUGGGCGUUUAUUCCAGCACGUAGCCUCUUCUCCCGGUCCAGCGAGGCGGGAGACGCAGUUGAGAGAGAGGGGAAUAGGAGUGAAUGUGGGAGGGUGAGCAGAAACAUUCAAACAGGUGCUUUUUCAAUCCCUGUGGAUUUGACUCCUGGGAUUUCCAGUGCUUCACGAAGCAAAAUACAAUGGCAUUAAUAAGAUUUCAUUCUGAUCUGUGCAUCUACUGCUAAAUGAAUAAUUAAAAUAAUUUUAUUCAAAAGUAUUGUUUCUUUUAUUCUCUCUAACGGGUGUAUAUCAUCUCUUCACAUCCUGCUCACAGGCUGG